AUGGACAAGCCCAUUAUGAAGCAGGCAUUAAUGGACAUGGGCGUUAACGGACAUGGGCAUCAGCGGACUGGACGUGAUGGACAUGGGCGGCCCAAUGGUCAAAAAAUAUUAGGUUUAAGUGUUCGGGCAAAAAUAAAUUUGGGGAAAAAACAUUUCCCCGACGCUUAUUUGGCGAUUUCUUCUUUCCGGCGAUUUCUCCGGCGAGUUCCUUCAACAUCUCAACUCCAUCACAUCAUGGAUCCUCCUGAGAUUCCUAAUCCAGUUCAAUCAUAUACUUGGAAGCUUAGAGGAUCGAAAAACAAGGUGCAACACAUGUUAAUGAGGAUAGGAACUUAUCAAAGAUCCUUGCAAGAAGGUAUGGAAGUCGUGCUUUACAUUAUUUCUAUAAAGAACAAUGUCCAUAUCUUCUCAGCUACGAGGUAUCCGAGAGUAAGGCGAAUAAGAAAACAUGUUUCAACCAAAUCAAGAAACAUUUUUCCAGUCAAAUUCAAAUCAAGAACUCUGUUUUCAGCCAAAUCUAAAUCAUGA